CAUUCGCCUAUCUUUUUUCAUUGAAUUUACUUUAAAAAGCAGUUGUUCGUUUACGGCUGUUGCUGAAAAUUUGUUACGGCUUUUUCGCCAGUAAAAAGUGUUUAAUUUCAGCAAACGCCAGGAGACCAUCCAGUUAAUGCGUUGUGAGCUUGUGACGCGGAAAUACGAUUGCUGUUUACGCUUUGAAUAUUGCCUUAUUACCGAACCGGCUAUGAGCGCGAAAGUACACAAUCAUAAAAAUAAUUUAUUGCCGUUUUUAUCGUGCUUCGUAAUUUUACUGUGAUGGCUGGUGUACACAACGAACGAUCCGCGUACAAAGUGGUGGUUAUCGGCGACAUGGGCGUCGGUAAAACGUGCAUCGCCAUCCGCUUCGUCACCGACGAGUUCACCACCCAGGAACCGACCGUGGGCGCGGCCUACCUCACCCAGUCCGUCUUAAUCGGUCGCUUACCGGUCAAACUGCAGAUCUGGGACACCGCCGGCCAGGAGCGCUUCAACGGCAUCGUCUCCCUGUACUACCGCUCCGCGCGGGCGGCUAUUAUCGUCUACGACAUCACGGACCGCAAGUCCUUCGACAAAGCCAAGGACUGGGUGCAGAAGGUGCAGGAGGAGGUUCACGAAGGGAUCGUCAUGACGCUGGUUGGGAAUAAAGCGGAUCUGGAGGAAUUACGGGUGAUACGGAAGGAGGAAGGACAGGCGUUGGCGGAGUCCUUCGGGAUCGGGUUCCUGGAGACGUCUGCGAAAAGCGGGGAGGGUGUGCCGGAGCUGUUUGUGGAUACGGCGCGGCGGUUGGUUGAAGACGAUCAGCGGCGGAAUGUUAAGCCCAAAAAGCGAGGGAUCUCCUUGACGAUGCGGGGCAGUGGUGCACCCGGAGAGAAGACUGGCUGCUGCUUGAAAUUCUCUUGAUAGCUGUGUUCUCAGUAUUCACGGUACAUGAUCCAGUCCCAGCGUCACCCGUCCCCGUUUUGCCGGCUGCCUUGCCGGUUAAAAUUUCUGCCUUGCCGGUUAGAAAUUUUAACCGGCGUUUGAACCUUUAACGACCUAACCGAUUUCAACUUAGAACGACUGGUCUAGCCAAAACACUGCCGUUGUUCUAAACUUCUACGACUUAAUCCUGAAACUAAAAUUCUAAAUAAUAAGCAUUUGUGUUCGUAAUUUUGUAUCAAUGUCGCAAAAUUUGCCGACAGAACGGAAGACGCUCAGUCUCAGGCGUUCAGAUAACGAUUUGUCGCCAUUUUCACGACCUGAUCUAAAAAUUGUUUGUCCGCUGUAUGAUGUCUACUUACGCGGGACCUGUGGCUGUAAUGUAAGGUGGAUUAUUCUGCAGUGCAAAAUACUUGUGUAAAAAAACGUGUUCUACGAGUACAUCGUGCAGCGAGCGUAGAAUUUACUUCAGUGUGACUUCCAGUUCUGCACAAGCGUUCUUACAAGA